AGGCCUGAGGAUGCCAUGGCCUACCUCCAGGGACCCAGGUGUCCUCCCCUUCCUCCCAGUGCCGGCCCCACCCUCAGCAUUGAGGGCACCUGCCCCUUCUCCAUCUGUGGCUUCUACUUUUUACAAAGGGCCCGAGGGGGUGGGCAAGGGGGUGAUCUUGAGGCGUGGCCCCAGUGGGCGGCGGGGGAUCUGGCUGUCAGGCAGGUGAGCACUGAGCCACUGCCCCUCCAGGUGCCAGGGGGCCUCCUGCUUUCCCCAAGGCCAGGCCCUGUUGUUUACAUUCAGGGUUGGGUCCCCAUUAGUCUGAUCCUUCCCCUGGCUGGGCCAGUCCUAGAAUGAAUGAGGAGCUGGUGAGGUGUGCCCGGCGAGGGGCCCGAAUUAUGGGGGGCUCUUGGCUGCCCCUCUCGCCAUAAGCAAGCAGGGAUUUUGGACCUUGUGCUCUGGAGCCCCAUCCCCCACCCCACAGGGGCCGAGGCUCCUCUCGGGGGGCGCAGUGAAGGGUCGCUGCCUGUCCAGGGAAGGGUGACUGUUUAGCCGCUGGCCGGAGGCGUGGGGACAGUCUGAGAGCCGGGCGGGAGGGGGCCUGGAACAGGGGACACCGGCCUCCCGGAGGCAGGGGCGCCUGGUGUGGUCCCGAGGGAGAGGGAAGGCUCUGAGAGCCGGGCGGGAGGGGGCCUGUAACGGGACUCCCGGAGGCAGGGGCGCCUGGUGUGGUCCCGAGGGAGGGGGAAGGCGCAGAGAGCUGGGCGGGAGCCCCCAGGACGGCCGAGAUGCAGAGGUGAGGAGCCCCGAGAGGGGUCCAGGCCAUGGCGGCCUCCCAGCUGGCAGCGCUGGACGAGGCUGGGGAGGGGGCCCCGGACGAGACCCCCCUCGGCGCGGCAGACCCCACCCUCCUGUACUCGGAAGGCCAGAGGCUGGCCCUGGAGACCCUCCUGAGCGAGGGCGCCGGCGCCUUCACCUCCUGCCUGGUCCGGGAGAAGCUCUUGCCUUUUCUGGCGGCCGAGGAGGUCCGGAGCCUGGAGGCCGGGGCCGAGGACUGGAGAGCGGGGGCCGGCGAGGGCCAGGAAGGGCCGGAGGCCCUCCCCGAGCCGGGCAGCCUGACCUACUUCCCGGGCCCCUCGGACGAGCCCCCGCCGGAGCUGGGCUUGGGCUGGCCGGAGGCCCGGCCGGGGAAGGGCGCCACCUGGGCCCGGCUCUACACGCAGCCGCCCGCGGACGGGGACCCCUCCAUCAAGGAGCUGGUCAGGAGGGCCAUCCGCGAGGCCCAGAAGCUUGUAGCCGUGGUCAUGGACGUGUUCACGGACCCUGACCUGCUGCUGGACCUUCGGGAGGCCGCCGGCCGCCGCGGAGUCCCCGUUUACGUCCUCCUGGACCACCGCCACCUCCCCGCCUUCCUGGCCCUGGCCCAGCAGCUGGGGGUGAACGCCGGAGCCAUGGAGAACCUCGAGGUCCGCGUCCUGAGAGGCUGUGGCUUCCAGAGCCGGAGGAAGAAGCACGUGGCGGGGGACAUGAGGGAAAAGUUUGUCCUGCUGGACGGACACAGCGUCAUCACCGGCUCCUACAGCUUUACUUGGAGCGAUUCCCGCCUGCACCGGAACCUGGUGACGCUGCUGACCGGGGAGGUCCUGGAGGCCUUUGACAGGGAGUUCCGCACGCUGUACGCCGCCUCCCGGCCGCUGGCCCCUCCCCCACCCCGCGGCCCCUUCCUCAGCGUCCUGGAGGGAGUGCAGCUGGCCCGGAGCCCCCACCACAUCGCCCGCCGCCGCUCCGUCGCCCCCGUCGCAGUUCCGCCCCGGGAUGAUGCUCCCCGGCGUCCCCUCGGCGCCCCCCAGACCCCGGAGAGCUCCCAGGGCCCCGCCCCCGCUGGGCCGGCCCUGAGCGACAUCUUGAGGAGCAUCCAGAGGGUCCGGGCCGCCAGCGGCCCCCCUGCCCGGCCCAGCCGGUCCCUGUGGGACUUGAGCUCCCUCUCCCAGUUGUCCGGCUCCAGCGACGGGGAAGGGAGACUGGGGGGAGAGCCGAAGACGUCGUGGGGCGCCCAGGACACGCCCGCCAUGGCUCUGAUGAGGCAGCGCGGCGCCAGUGAGGACCCCAGAGCCCUAGCCCGACGCUGGGCCCAGCCUGCCCGGCCUGUGACCCCGGGGCGCUUCCACUACCCGUCCCCAUCCCCGCGGAGGCUCCGGGAGGACCCGGGGCUGCCGGGCCGCGGGUGGCUCGACCGCGCCAGCCAGGGCGCCCACCACUGACCCCGGCCCCCCGGCCGUGCGCUUCCCAAGCGCGGCUCGAGGUACUCUUCCGGGGGGAGAGCCCCGGGCCCGGUGGGCGUGGAAGAGGGGUCCCGAGGAGCGGAGGAAGCCCCUUCCCCUCCAGCUAAGCCGCGCCGUCCGCCACCGAACGGCCCUCCCCCCAGGACAGGACCCAGGCCCGCCCCAGCCUGGCUGUGACUCAGGACCCUGCCACGCCUUUGGCACCUGCUGCAGCCUCCUCCCCAGCUGGCACUGCCACUCCGCCCCCACCCCUGGUCCCCACCCGGCCCCGCCCCC